AUGCCUGUUCAACUGCUACCCGCUUCCGCGGCGGCUUUUGCCCCGAGAGCCUCAUCGGUCAACGUCGUGCUGGGAUCCAAGGUCGAGCCGUGGUUGACCCAGACGCUGAAGCGCAUUAACCGGGUUAAGCGUCCUCUCAACAGCGUCCCUCAACACCAAAGAUGCCUGACGGAGACUCUGUCGUCGCCUGACGCCAUCUGGACUCUUACUUCCAUCAUGCUCCCCAAGGCCCCGGAAUCCGAAUUGCGCCAGGACUCGAACCCACUCGUCGAGGCUUUGUUCAACUACCAGCUUCUCCAUAUCGAGGCCUAUAUCGUCCACGUCGACAUGGUCCUGCGCAACGAGGUCGCCUUCAAGCUGACCACCGACUCGAUAGACGCCCUUGUCGAGUACCACAAGGAUGUCCACUGCGUCGACUCCAAGGCAAACCCGUACGACUGGCCAGAGAAGGACCAGCAGUGCAAGAAGCUGCACGAAGACUUUGUCCAGGCCAUCAACAAGUUUGUCUUCCGCACCCACGUCUCCGCCCUGGAAGGUCUUGAGGAGGACGGUGUUGGCGAGCUGCUUUCCGGCAAGAGCGAGGAGGUCAAGAACAACAUCAUGGGCCUCAUGAAGCCCCUGCUGCCUCCUCCUCCCCGCGUUGUCGAUGUCAUCAGACAGCCCCCCCUGCUCCCUAGCUCGCCCGCAAACGCAAGCAUCUGGUCGCAACCCCCGACGCCGGCCCAUCUGCCUACUGUCGACGCAUGGAGAGUCCUGCCAUCGAGCCCCAGCAUCGCAUCAACGUCUCAGGAAUCAACACCCAUCUGGGCCAACAUCGGCAUGAGCGAGGUCCAGAUCCCCUCGCCCACGCCCUCGUUCAGCCAACCCUUCUCCACUGCCGGCUUCUACUACAGUGCACCGGCGAUCACGGCACCCAUCCCGGCGCUGCCGCUUCCCAGCAUGUUCACGCCCCAAUGCGGCGUGAGCGUUGGCUACGGCAGCUUCGGCUGGGAUCGCUACCAGGAGUACGCCACGACCAUGUGA